CCCCGCGCCGCCCCGGGCCGCCGCCGCCGCUCCGCGCGGCCAAACAAACUCGUUCACCUUGGAGCUACAGAUAUUGGUGAUUUGAGAUUGGCGCUCAUCCCCCACUGCUCCCACGCAAGCGAGGACCAGAAAAAUGAAUAUCCAGGGGAAGGGCUUCCCCUUGGACCUGGGAGGAAGCUUCACUGAAGAUGCUCCAAGGCCACCAGUUCCUGGUGAGGAGGGGGAGCUCGUGUCCACAGACCCAAGGCCUGUUAGCCAUGGCUUCUACUCUGGUAAAAGUGAUGUGGUCAGAAACGAGAUGUCCACGGCAACACCGAGGCGCUCCGAUUUGGAUUUGGGGUACGAGCCCGAGGGGAGUGCUUCGCCAACUCCACCCUACCUGAAGUGGGCCGAGUCACUGCACUCCUUGCUGGAUGAUCAAGAUGGCAUCAACCUCUUCAGGACUUUCCUGAAACAGGAGGACUGUGCAGAUCUGCUGGACUUUUGGUUUGCCUGCAGUGGCUUCAGGAAGCUGGAGCCGUGCGUGUCUAAUGAGGAAAAAAGACUCAAGCUGGCAAAAGCCAUUUACAAAAAAUACAUCCUCGACAACAAUGGCAUUGUGUCCCGGCAGAUCAAACCGGCCACAAAAAGCUUCAUCAAAGACUGUGUCAUGAAACUGCAGAUUGACCCUGACAUGUUUGACCAGGCCCAAACGGAGAUUCAGUGCAUGAUAGAAGACAAUACCUACCCUUUGUUCCUUAAGUCGGAUAUUUAUUUGGAAUACACAAGGACAGGUGGGGAAAGUCCAAAAAUUUAUAGCGAUCCGAGCUCGGGAUCUGGGACAGGUAAAGGGCUGCCUGGUUAUCUGCCAACUCUGAACGAGGAUGAGGAGUGGAAGUGUGACCAAGAGGCCGAGCCCGAGGCCAGCAGGGACUCGGCUCCUUCCAGCAGGCUGACACAGAAGCUGCUUCUGGAGACGGCCACGCAGCGCGCGGCCUCAGCCCGGCGCUACAGCGAGGGCAGGGAGUUCAGGCAUGGCUCGUGGAGGGAGCCUGUUAACCCCUACUAUGUCAACACGGGCUAUGCUUUGGCACCAGCCACCAGUGCCAACGACAGCGAGCAGCAGAGCAUGUCCAGCGACGCCGACACCAUGUCCCUGACUGACAGCAGCGUAGAUGGGAUCCCACCGUACAGACUCCGAAAGCAGCAUCGCAGAGAGAUGCAAGAAAGUGCCAAAGCAAAUGGACGCGUGCCACUACCUCACAUUCCUCGAACCUACCGAAUGCCAAAGGAUAUCCACGUGGAGCCAGAGAAGUUUGCUGCAGAGCUGAUCAACCGUUUGGAGGAGGUGCAGAAGGAACGUGAAGCAGAGGAGAAGUUAGAGGAGCGCCUGAAACGCGUCCGAGCGGAAGAAGAGGGUGAGGAUGCAGAUAUCUCUUCUGGUCCCUCAGUCAUGAGCCACAAGAUGCCUUCUGCCCAAGCCUUCCAUCACUUUGCUCCUCGUUAUGCUGAGAUGGGCUGUGCUGGGAUGCAGAUGAGAGAUGCCCAUGAGGAGAACCCCGAGAGCAUCCUGGAUGAGCACGUGCAGCGUGUGAUGAAAACCCCAGGCUGCCAAUCUCCAGGACCUGGCCGUCACUCUCCUAAGCCACGGUCCCCAGAAAGUGGCCACUUAGGAAAGCUGCCAGGGACUCUGGGAACAAUUCCUCCAGGGCAUGGCAAGCACGCUACAAAAUCAGGAAUGAAACUGGAUGCAGCUAACUUAUACCACCAUAAACAUGUCUACCACCACAUCCACCACCACAGCAUGAUGAAACCAAAAGAGCAGAUUGAGGCUGAGGCCACGCAGCGAGUGCAGAACAGCUUUGCUUGGAAUGUAGAUUCUCAUAACUAUGCAACAAAGUCACGAAACUACAGUGAAAACUUGGGCAUGGCCCCUGUCCCCAUGGACUCUUUAGGCUACAGUGGGAAAGCAAGUCUGCUCUCAAAAAGGAAUGUUAAGAAGACCGAUUCAGGGAAAAGUGAUGGUGCCAACUAUGAGAUGCCAGGAUCUCCUGAAGACGUGGAGAAAAAUCAGAAGAUCCUUCAGUGGAUCAUAGAAGGAGAGAAGGAGAUCAGCAGGCAUAAGAAAACAAACCAUGGCUCUUCAGGUGCUAAGAAGCAGCUGGCCCACGAGCUGGUGCGGCCCCUGUCCAUCGAGCGGCCGGUGACCGUGCACCCCUGGGUCAGCGCCCAGCUCCGCAACGUCGUCCAGCCCUCCCACCCCUUCAUCCAGGACCCCACCAUGCCACCCAACCCGGCCCCCAACCCUCUCACCCAGCUGGAGGAAGCUCGCAGGAGGUUGGAAGAGGAGGAGAAAAGGGCUGGAAAGCUCCCCCUUAAGCAAAGCAGGUUGAAGCCCCAGAAGAGGCCGGGCAGCGGCGCGGCGCAGCCCUGCGAGAACAUCGUGGUGGCCUAUUACUUCUGUGGGGAGCCCAUCCCCUACCGCACGCUGGUCAAGGGCCGCGUGGUCACCCUGGGACAGUUCAAGGAGCUGCUGACCAAGAAAGGGAACUACAGGUAUUACUUUAAGAAAGUGAGCGACGAGUUCGACUGUGGUGUGGUCUUCGAGGAGGUGCGGGAGGAUGACACCAUCCUGCCCAUCUUUGAAGAGAAGAUCAUUGGGAAGGUGGAGAAGAUUGAUUAGGCUCCAGGGCGGUGAGGACAGGACUGUGAAGGACUCUGGGACCGGAGGAGAAGGCCUGGGGCAGAGCUGCCACCACGGGCACCAGGCGAGCCCAGGGCAGAGGGCGGCAGCUCUGCCUUCAGCACGGAUCUGGGCAAGCUCCAGGAUGGCAGUGGAUGCCCUUCCACCCCACAAACCUGCCAGUGGGAGCCUGGGCUCCCUCUCCAUACCGAAUAUAAGUGUAAUGUAGCAUUGUACAGUGCAUUAGAAAGUGUAAUAUGACCUUGUUUACUAAAGCUGCAUAUUUUUGAUAUAUUGUAAUAAAAGGAAAAUAUUUCCAAUGUCA